AUGCAAGAUAAAACUGCUUUGGAUUAUUUAUCUGCUUUUCGCAAAAAAGAUGAACAAGGAAUCGAUGCGGCUCUAUCAAAAGCUUCCUAUUUUUGUGAAUUAUUCAAAACCUCUUCAAAUGACCCUUUAUUAUCAGACAAAUAUUUGAACAUGUUCAAAGUUUACGAAAAUGAAGAUAUUUGGAAAAUCACAAAUUCUCCCGAGAAUGAAAAAGAUACUUCUAUUUAUGUUAUGCCUUUAGAGCCAGACAAAAAGAAAAAGGAAGGCGAGGCUGCAAUAACUUUGGGUGGUAUUGAUUCUUUCAAAGAAAAUUGGGAUUUAUUUACUGAAAAAAGUUUGGAAGGUUUAGAUUGGAAUAAUGUUAUUGUCGGUGGAGGUUCAGUUAUGGCUUGUCUUUUACCAAUUCCUAAAAUCUUUCAUAAAAAUGUCCAUAAGAUACGUGACUAUUACCACAAUAAAUCUUCAUUCGUCAGUUCUGAUAUUGAUAUGUAUAUUUAUGGACUUGAUGAAGAAGCUGCUAAAAAGAAAAUGUUGGAUAUUUUUACAACUUUUUCCAAAAAUGUUCCAUUCCAAGUAGUUUGUGUUCGUGGAAAAUACUCAGUUAACAUUGUUAGUAAAUAUCCAUAUCGUAUUAUACAGAUUGUUUUAAAACCUUACAAGACUCCUGCUGAAUUAAUGGCGCACAUUGAUAUCGACUCGACCAGAGUAUGUUUUGACGGUAAAGAUGUUUGGGCUGCACCCAAGACACAUCAAGCUUUUAUUAAACAAUAUAUUAUAAAUCCAAUCAUUUAUGAACGUAAAUUUUCAAGGUUAAAUGGCUUAGCUCGUUUAUUGGUUUUAGAAAGAUUAAAAACUACAGAUCAAAGAUUCUAUUAUACUGAAAAAAGACGAGAAAUGUCAAUACGUCCCCCCAAUCCACUUGGUGACCAAUAUCAACAACGUAGGCGGAAUAGAGGUCAAAACUUACGUAUAAACAAAUUUGAAAUGAAUGAUUACGAAAUUGUUUCUAUUCCCUAUGGACCAGAUUUUGAUGCUAAAAAAAUUACUAAGAUGAUUAUUGCAAAGGAUUACUCAAUGAAUUCCAAGUCUAGUAAAAUACAUCGUCAUCCAUGUUUUUUUGGAAGUAUGUAUCAAAUUUUUCAAGAUUGUUGUGGCUUGUGUCCUGCAGAAACUCUUGCAACAGAAGAGGAAUUACAAGAUAUUGACAAAUAUUUCGUUAAAGGCGAGUUAAAAUUUGACAAUAAAUUUGAUAAUUCUUCAUUUGUUCAAAGUUAUGAUGAAUGGAUAUCUGAUGCCUAUAUAAAACCUGAUAAUCUUAAAUUUUAUGAUGCUGUGGCAAAAGGCGAUAUUGAUUAUAUUAGAGAAUUGAUUGAUAAAAACAUUAUAAAUAAGGAUAUUGAUGUAAAUGAAAAAGAUUAUCUUAACAGAUCACCGCUUCAUUUAGCCGUUUUAAAUGGCCAUUUGGAAAUUGUUGAUUUACUAUUGAAAAAUGGUGCAAAAAUUACUGCAAAAAUGAAUGAUGGUAGAACUUCAGUUCAUUUAGCAUCUCAACACGGCCAUUUAGAUAUUUUAGACUUAUUGUUUAAAAAAAGUAAACUAAAUGAGCAAUUAAAAAACAGCAAAAUACAGGAAUCAAAAGUUGAUGAUGAUUUGGAUAAAUCAUUAGAGAUGGUUGAUCUAAAAGAAUUGGAUAACAAUUAUCCAGAAGAAGAAAAUGACAAUGAUUUAAUUUAUUAUCCAUUGGACUUGUGUUUAUUGGUUUAUGAUCAACAAAUUGGAAUGCAAAUAGCAACAAUAUUAUUAGAAAAUGGUGCAACUGCCUCACAGCUAGAUUAUAAUUUUAACACAGUUUUGCAUCUUGCCACAAAACGAGCGAUUAAUGUGAUAAAUCUUCUUAAUAAAUUAAGAGAAUCACCACUUACACAUGCCAUUAAAGUCGACAACAAAGAAUUAGUUGAUAUUUUAUUGAAAUAUGGUGCUAAAGCAGAAAUUUCAUAUGAAGAUUUAGAAACUGACUUAAAAAACAAAGGAGAACUUACAUCAACAACAUUAUUUAGUGGUGUAAAACAAAAUAUAUUUUUCUCAUUAGAAAAUGGUAUUUAUAAGACUUUAUUAGAAUCAGGAGCUUCAAUAAAUUGCUUAUAUGCGCCACGUGAAACGUUAUUAGAUUAUGUUCAAAACCAAAUUUAUUCUUGUCUUGAUGAAUUGACUUCAUUUGAGAUUUCUAGCAGGAAAUCUUUUAGGGUUGAAAAGAAAAAUCUCAUUAGUUUGAUUAAAUCUGAAAUUCAAAAAUUAGGAGAAAAUUCAUAUUCAAGUUACACGUUGUCAAAGGCUGAUGUUGAUGAUCUUUACAAAUUGAUUACAAAAAAAAAUAUUAAUCCUUAUCAUGGUGUAGGCUACUUGGAUUCAUUAAAAAAUUUAGAGAAAGCCGAUGAAAAAUUAUUGGAACGACUUAAAAAACUUGAUGAAUGUUUUCUGUACAUUGUUGGAAAAGGUGCAAAAUUGUAUGUUGAAUUAGUAAUGGACGAACAUUAUCAAAAAUCUUUAUUAGAUGCUUAUCAAAAAAUGCUCAAUUAUCAAAAGGUGUUGGAUACGAAAAUUAAACAAGUUGAAGAAUUAAUUGAUCAAAAAUCUGAGAUUACAGGAAAUAAUAAUGAAGAAUUAAAACUAUUAGAAGUAAAAGAAAGUAUUUUGAAUAAACAAAUUCCAAUUUUUAAACGGGUCCUUAAUAAUCAAAAAGGAUUCUCGGCUGAUAUAUCAACCCAUAUACAAGAAGUUUUUAAGGCAUUAGAUCCUAUCAAUAAUAGUAAUAUCAACAAUAGUUUAACAAAAAAUAACGCUGAACAGAAACAAUCAUUAGACAAUUACAAUAUAGAUGAGCUGUUUGAACCAACAAUUCAAGAUGUUAAUAAAUAUAUAUUUAAAUAUUAUUAUUUAUCUUCUUUUCCUAAAAUUGGUUUCAUUGUACCAGAGUUUUAUUACAAAGAUUAUUUUAAAUUAUAUGAAGCAGUAUGGAACAAUGAUGUCAGCUUGGUUGAAGAACUAGGAAAGAAUUUGAUCAUAUGUGUUUAUGAUAACAACAAAAUGACACCUUUUACGUUGGCAUGCUAUCUUGGACAUGAUGAAAUGGCUAUUAAAAUAUUAGAAAUAGCCAAGAAUCAAUAUAAACAUGAAGCUUUUGAGGACGAUCGUAAAAAGAACAAAUUAAACUUGAUAAAUAAUUACGAUAUAGAAGAAUAUGUAGAUUAUAGUACAUGUGAUGAAAAUUCAGAAUCAAGUGAUUCUGUUUACUAUGUUAAUCAACGAAGCAACGAAUUGGAUGAAAAUUUGGCAGAACCACCAUCAGAACAACAAUUAUUAUCUGGAAAAAAUAAAAUUUAUUUCCAACCAAAAUUUAUUAAUAUUACUCCAUUACAAUUAUUAAAACUUAGUUUUUAUGUUGUUAAAAAACAUAUAAACGAAUACAAGUCUCCUAAAAACAAAGGUUAUUUUGUUGAGGACUCGAAAUUGAUUUCUAAAUCGUUUGAUGGAAUUACAUUAGCAGUCACAAUUAAUAAUAUUAAUGUUGUAAAGAAAUUGUUUGAUUGGAUUAAAAGCUAUGAGUUAGUUGAAAAUGAUAAUGAUGAAAAAGGUGAUAUAAUUAUAAAUUUAAUUGAAGAGAAAUAUUUAAUGAAAUACGCUAUUUAUUAUGAAUAUUUUGAUAUUAUGGAUUUAUUAAUAGAGUAUGGGGCAGGUGGAAAUUAUUUUACAGAAUUUAAAUUAAAAAAAGAAAAAAUUGAUUAUAAUGAAAUUAUUAAGAUUGAAAAACCAAAUGUUUAUUUAGGUAUUGAAGCAAAUAAAAUCAAAAAGAGAAACUGGAUUAUAAAUAAUCACCCGGCAUUAUCCACAAAACCGAUUGACAAUAAUUUUCUUAAUUAUGCAUCUUUUUACGGUUGUGAUAAAUCCAUUGAAUAUUUAUUAUCAGAUAGACCUAUAAAUUCACUACAAAAAUACUUUGAAAUUAAUUACGAUUCAAAAAAAUUAUCAUCAAAAAAUUAUAAGAAGAAGGAUGGUUUUGACAUUAAUUAUGCAAGUAAUGGCGAAACACCUCUAUUUUGGGCGAUAAAUAGAAACAAGCCAAAUACUUGUAAGAAAAUAUUGGAGCUAUAUAAGGAGAAAGUUGAUCAAGUUAAAUUUGAAAAAUUUAUAAAUAAAAGAUGCGAUGAAAAAUUAAAAGUGUCCGCAUUUAUCUAUGCAGCUUUGAACGCUUCAAACGAAUGCUUGAAAGUUUUAAUUGAUGAGACGAGCACUGAUCCUGAAAUUUGUGAUGAAAAUGGAUGGAAUGCCUUACAUCAUGCAGCAUAUUUUGGUAAUUUGUCAACUUUAAAAUUAUUAUAUAAAGAAUUGGAUUCAAAUUUAUUUCAAAGGAUGUUGGAUAAACAAAGUAAAAAAUAUUCAUUCACACCAAUCGCAAUAGCAAUUUUAGAAGGAAGGAAGGAUACAUUUAACUUUUUAUUAAAUAAAAAUAAGUCAAUAGAGAACUUAUUAUUAAAAGAUUUUCAAUCAAAUAAUUAUUUACAUUUAUCAAUAAGAGAAAGUUUGUUUGAUACAACUAAACUAAUCAUGAAUUUGAUUGAAAAUUAUAAUGAAGAGAAGAAAAGCAAGGAAAACUUGAAUAGGUUAUUAUAUGAUGAGAAUGCCUUUGGUUUAACACCAAUUGAAUUAGGCAUAAAAAAUUUCGUGCUAAAAUUUAAUGAAGAAGAUAUUUUCGAUGAUAAAUAUAAAUCAUUUGAAGAAAUUGACAAAUUAUUUGAUAAAGAUCGCAAUGAUUAUUAUUAUACUUUAAACACAAAAAAACGUAUCUAUGAUAACAGAGUCGAUUCUUAUCCAAAUCAUUUUGAUUCAAAAGAAAAAGAACUUCAAAGAGAGAAUUUUCAACCAUUUAAAUUAUAUUAUUACUUGGCAUCAAAAUAUUUUAGUAAUUAUAAUGAUUUUAUGAAGAAACGAUAUAGCGUGACACUUAAAGAAGUAAGUAAUUUUGUUGAUGAAUUAACAAGGAUUUAUAAUAAGGAAGAAUCUGGUGCAGAUAGCUAUAAUAUUG